CCACCGCCCCCCACCCCUCGCUCCACGUCAGAGGGAACCGGGCGGAGCGGCCAACAUGGCGGAACGCAGGCGACACAAGAAGCGGAUCCAGGAAGUUGGUGAACCAUCUAAAGAAGAGAAGGCUGUAGCCAAGUAUCUUCGAUUCAACUGUCCAACGAAGUCCACCAAUAUGAUGGGUCACCGGGUUGAUUAUUUUAUUGGUAGGAUUAUAUCAAGGCUUUUAAAGAAGCAAUUUUUUCACCGGGCACUAAAAGUAAUGAAAAUGAAGUAUGAUAAGGACAUAAAGAAAGAAAAAGAUAAAGGAAAAGCUGAAAGUGGAAAAGAAGAAGAUAAAAAGAGCAAGAAAGAAAAUGUAAAGGAUGAAAAGACAAAAAAGGAAAAAGAGAAAAAAAAAGAUGGUGAAAAGGAAGAAUCAAAAAAAGAGGAAACUCCAGGCACUCCCAAAAAGAAGGAAACUAAGAAAAAAUUCAAACUUGAGCCACAUGAUGAUCAAGUUUUUCUGGAUGGAAAUGAGGUAUAUGUAUGGAUCUAUGACCCAGUUCACUUUAAAACAUUUGUCAUGGGAUUAAUUCUUGUGUGGAAACAGUAUAACAGUGCAUGUCACAGUUAUCCCAUGAGUCUUCCCCUUUUGCCCUUGAGAAAUUUUUCUUCCACAGCUCGUUGCAUUCUAUUUCUCAUCAUUUGGCUCAUAACUGGAGGAAGGCAUCACUUUUGGUUCUUGCCAAAUCUGACUGCUGAUGUGGGCUUCAUUGACUCCUUCAGGCCUCUGUACACACAUGAAUACAAAGGACCAAAAGCAGACUUAAAGAAAGAUGAGAAAUCUGAAACCAAAAAGCAGCAGAAGUCCGACAGUGAAGAAAAGUCAGACAGUGAGAAAAAGGAAGAUGAGGAGGGAAAAGUAGGACCAGGAAAUCACGGAACAGAAGGCUCAGGUGGAGAACGGCAUUCAGACACAGACAGUGACAGGAGGGAAGAUGACCGAUCCCAACACAGUAGUGGAAAUGGGAAUGAUUUUGAAAUGAUAACAAAAGAGGAACUGGAACAGCAAACAGAUGGGGAUUGUGAAGAGGAGGAGGAGGAGGAAGACUGAUGGAGAAACACCUAAAUCUUCACAUGAAAAAUCAUAAUCUGACUAAUUUGGGACUGAAUAAGUACAAGAGGUUGGAUUUUCUAUGUUGGCUGAUCGUCAUAAUGUACACAUGGCAUCUGUAGCAUUCUUUCAAUCUAUUUACUGAAAUGUAUUUGACAUUCAAGAAGUUAUAUUCAGUCUUUCAUUUUAUAGAAUAUUGGUACUAUUAUUGGUACAGUUUAAAGCCAUUAAUGAAUUUUAUUCAUUCGAUAAUUAAUUUUACAGUAAGUAGGUCUCAUUCAUUUUGAUAGUUAUCAAAGAGGCACUUUCCACAAUGACAUUUAGAUUAAUGACAUUUUUGAUAGUUGUAUGGCUUUUUACUGUUAAACUAAUCAAAAUAACUUUAAAAGAAAUAAAGAAACUCCAAUAUUUCAGAUUAUGCAUAGUUAUGUAGCCAUUUCAUAGUUUCUUUAAGAUGCUUAAAACUCAUUGUUCUUGGUAAGCUUUUUUUUUUUCAUUAUAAAAUUAUACCAGGAAAUUUCUUUUAAGAUUCUAAGUUAGCAGGGUUCAAAAGCAUUUUGUGGAAAAAAAACCAAUAGUAACAAUGCAGCAACACUUAGUUUAGCUACAAAUUCUCCUUUUCCGAUGUAGGAAAUCCAAACUGAUUUGUACGUCUGAUUCAGAGAAAGAUGGUCAUCUCCAACAGAGAAAGUGAACAGCAUUGGUUGGAAAGUCAUGGCUCUUAUUCCCCAUUUGCUUGUCAUAACGUAAAGUGUAUUCUGUACAUAAUUUACGAAUAAAACAUUUUAUUUUAAUUGUUACUUAUUAGACAUUUCUCAACACUUAAAUUUGUAAAAUUAAGACCACAUAAGGGUAUGUUUUUAGAGAAAUGGAAGUUUCAAUAACCCAGAGAACAUCUGUGAUCUUUCUACAGCAGCUUCAGUUUUGUGCCAACAUUCCAUGUAUUUGAAUAUGAGUAAAAACUGAUCUUUAUUAAAUAAGGGCAGACUUAAAGUAGCUGUUUGUACGCCUUAAUGUUCAUUUUGAUUUAUUUUAAAUCUUUACAUUCAGAAAUGGGGUACUGUAUUAUCAGACCAGGAGGCACUGCUGUGAAAGAUAAUUUACUGUUCUAAAAUAUCAAUUUAAAAUAAAGAAUAUAAAAGAAAACAUAA